UACUACCCGUAAUAUUCACCAAUUUGGAUUUCUCUCGCUAAUCUCCAUCUAAAUCACCAUUACCAUAUCAUCAACAUCAUCAUCAUCAUCAUCAUCAACAUCAUCAUCAUCAUCAUCAUCAUCGUCACCAUCAGAAAUUGCAUUCGGUUGUGAAAUUUGAAUUAUGGCUGGAGAUAAUGUUGUUGAUCCUUUUCCCAAGCUGGGAAGUGUGUAUAGACCGUCGAGUCGGAAUGUAUCCGACUCGGAAAAAACUGGUGACUCUAAGGUGAUUUCAGUUUCAGUGCCUUGGUGUUCUCGGAAUUCUUGUUCAAAUGCAUGGAGAAAUCCGAAUUUGAUUCGGAAGAUAAUAAAGAAGAGUGAUAGUGGAUUAGGACUGGUUAACAAUAGUAAUAGCAUGUUAAAGAAAAGCGGUUUUCCAAAGAAUGAUCUUAUUAAUGGGAGUGUAAAUGGAGUUUUGGAUGACGGAGAGUUACCUAAUUGUGUUGAAGUUGAUAUAGAUCCAUCCAAGGAUUGUAACUAUGGUGAAUGCGAUGAUGAAGGAAUAGCGAAAUCGCAUUCUGACAACAAUGAUGAUGAAAUUGUUGAUAGUGGAUCUGAUAUUGUGUUUGAUAGUGAUGACGAUGAUAUUUCUUUAGAUGACACUGACUCCGACACGGGAGAGAAGAGCCACGAAGGAUCGAAGAAGAGCAAGUGGUUCUGGAAAUUCUUUGAUAAUUUGAGUAAACUGAGAGUAGAUGAGAUGAACUCACAGGCAUUACGGUGGCACUGUCCGGCAUGCCAAGGUGGUACUGGGGCUAUUGUUUGGUAUCAUGGGUUGCAGCCGCUUCUGAAUCAUGCUAGGACAACUAAAGUUAGGAGGGCGAGAUUGCAUCGAGCGUUUGCUGAAACUUUGGAGGAAGAGUGCUCUAGGAGAGGAGCUCCGUUGAUGAGGUUUGGUGAAGCGUAUGGACUAUGGGAGGGUCUUGAUAAGAAAGUCAAGGAUCAUGAAAUCGUUUGGCCCCCAAUGGUUCUCAUCAUGAAUACAAAAUACGAGCAGGAUGAAAACAACAAGUGGACUGGAAUGGGGAACCAAGAACUCGUUGAUUGUUUCAGUGACUAUGCUGCAAUGAAGGCUCGACACUCGUAUGGUCCACACGGGCACCGGGGGAUGAGUGUUUUGAUUUUUGAAGCAUCGACAGCAGGUUAUUUAGAGUCUGUGCGGCUUCACAAGCAUUUUAGAGAGCAAGGAAGAGACAAGGAAGCUUGGAAUCGUUGUAAGAAACUAUUUGUCCCAGGGGGAAAACGCCAACUUUAUGGUUACUUGGCUUCUAAAGAAGAUUUGGAUGUUUUCAACAGACACUCUAGAGGAAAGUCAAAAUUGAAGUUUGAAAUGAGAUCAUACCAAGAGAUGGUUGAGAGCAAGAUAAAGCACAUCAAUGAAGAUGGUCAACAGCUGGGCUUCUUUAAGGACAUGAUAGCUAAAGAACAACUCAAAUCGAAAGUCUUCGAAGACACUUUAUGUAAAGUAACUGACAAGUUACGCAAAACAACCGAAGAAAACCAUGUUGUGAGAGAACGAACUAAAGAACAUCAUCAGCAAAACAAGGAGGAGAUGGAUGCACAAGAAGCUUUUUUCCUUGAACAAAUGCAAAUCAUUCAUCAAGCAAUAGCUGCAAAGGAAGAUGUGUUUGCGAAAUCGCAGCAGGCAAAACGAGAAGUGAUAUCGGCUAAUGGAGAUUAUUCUGCGAAAGAGGACAGCAAUAAUAUAAUGGCAAAUAUUUCUAGUCUCGUGAAGUCCCAAGAUAAAGAGAUGGGGCAUUUCGAGUUAGAGAAAGACAAUAUCUUAAAAAUGCAUGAAGAAAAACAGUUGGCUCUGAAGAAGAAGCAGUGGCAAGAGCAGCUUGAACUUGCAAAGGAAUUGGAAAAUGAACUCACUCAGCUCAUGAAAAAGCAUGCUUUAAACCAGUGUCAAGAAGAAAGCUGUCAAAAAUAAAUGAGAAAACAAGCACAGAAUUGGUAAAUUUUGGUUGAGUUUAGUUUAAAAGUUGAAAAGUGUCAGAUGGUUAGGCCAUCACCAAGGUUUUGAUCCCAUUUUGACUAGUUGUAGUAAUGUUUUCUUUUGUUGCAACUGUUACUUUGAAUAUAUUAUUCAUCUGUUGAGAUGAUAGAUUCCAAAUAGUAUUGACAAUUAAGGGAAUAAUAAUACA